GUUAAACAUAUGUAGCCUUUUCAGUAAUAUGGCAAAACAUGUGGGAGGGGGUUUUGUGGAAUUUCCCCAUACUAUUAGUACUUCAUUGCAAAAUCUAGAUCUGAAGCAACCAUCAUACUAUUCAUUAAUCAUUACUACCAAUUUUUCCAGCCAAACAAACGAAUUCCGUACGCUAAAUCCUACAAUUUCAAGAUAAUCCCCAAUCGUUAGAAACCCUAAUUUUUUAGGUCGAGAAAAUCAGAGCUUGAAGAGAUAUGGUCGGCUCAAUGGAGGUGGCCAAGACGGUGAUUGAGGUGGCUGACGUGGCGUGGACCGCCGUCGAGAGCUGCCACCACCACCUCCACCACGACGGUCCGAAGCCACCGCCGCAAGAAUCAAUAGAAAGAGCAGAUUUGGAUAUCGAAUGUCUACGAGCAGAGAACGAACGGCUUCGUCUAUUGCUUGAGAAAAAUCUCAAUCUUCUACAGGAGAUAUCGAGUUCACCUACCUUGAUGCAUAGUUGCCCGUCCGAUCUCAAUGAUCGGAUUCUCGGUGCUGUUAAGUCGGAGAGCUUCUUGAAUGAGCUUGAAUUCCUCCGUCAAAACUCUACCUGCACAUUUCCGUUUCAUGAGCCAUCAGGCGCAGAUCUGGAGAGAGCAGAAGUCUUGAUCAACAUGGAUCACGAAGAACCAAGUUGGUGGGUGUGGGUCACAGAUGAUAUGGUCCCUAAAAAUACUGAAGAGAAGAGUGGAAUCGACAAUGAAAAUUAUGUAAUUGUAACUGAGGAGCAUGUGGUGGAUGGAGUGGCUACCUUUAUGGCUAGAUGCAUCUUGGCAAACCCAAAAUCCAUGAAUUUGACUCCUUUGGAGCUACAGCAAGCCUUAAUGAAAGCGCUGAAAGGCAUGAAUAAAUUAGAGAAAAUGAUAGACAUUUGGCAUGCUGGGAAGUUAUUUUACACCCUAGCCAUGUGGGGUCUUACCCUAGCGAGUUUAUACCAAGGUCGUGCUAUUCUGAGACUCGCUACACUCGGGGUUCACCACUCGAGCAAAGCAGCUCUGCAGAUCCUAUAAGAACUGGAUUUGUCUUCUUUGAAUACCAACUGUAAUUAUUUUACUUUCUUCGAAUGUACAUGUGUAAAAAUGGCUGCAAGGAUUGGAUUACUCUUCUAUGUAUGUUCUUAUUGUUUGAUUUCUUCCUGUUUCGCUUUUGUAAAAAUCUACUUGUUCAUUGUCAAAUGUACAUAAAGUGUGAAUAAUUUGAUGAAAUUUCGGACUCAA